UUUAGUGACAAUAGCAAAAUGUUAUAAAUUAUCUAGUUACUUUGAGAUAAGCUCAUUUAGAAUAUAACCGUAAUAAUUAACUUCCGUAAGAAUGAAUCUUUUGCUACUGUGUUUAUCUGCCGUUACGGUAGCGGUUACGGCGCAAGGGGGUUACAAACCUGAAGAACAACAACAACAGCAACAAAUAAUAAUACGCGGUGCUCGAUAUACAGUCCAAGCAGGAUCUCAAAAUCAAUUACAAACCAAUAAUCAGUACCAUCGCGUUACACAAUCUGAAGAUGAUGUAAAUGAAGACACAGCACCCCAAGCGUCUUUAUCAUACAGAAGGCCUUACGAGCAAGAUCCGCCCAGGAAAUUCCAAUCAAAAAAUCAAUAUGAAACAAAGGAUAGUAAAAAAGUGCUUUUAGAAGAAGAGGAGGAAAUAGAAGAACCAGAUCGCCUAUCAUUACUAUUACCUGAUUCUACCUUCACUUGCCAAGGAAGAGCGACCGGAUACUACGCAGAUGAAGGGCUUGCCUGUGAAGUUUUUCAUUAUUGCCAAGAAGGCGCAAAACAUUCUUGGAUUUGUCCAGAAGGAUUUUCGUUUCACCAGGUUCAUCUAAUUUGUAUGCCACCUUCUUCAGAAAACAUUUGUGAACAAUCUUCACAAUAUCACUUUGUAAAUGAUUUCCUGUAUAAACCUCUAAAUGAAGAUGAAGCUAACUCCAGGCCAAACACCAGUUUGAAAUAUGCAGACAGAUAUUAUCCUGAAACUGUACAUCAGUCUCCAGAUAGAGCAUCAGACAGAACGCACCAGAGACAACCGCUACAAGUAGGUUUGCCGUCAAGAAAACAUCAACCCCAACAACAACAAUUACAACAAAGUACUGCAACAUCAGCAUCUUACAGACAAGCUCCUUCACAAGUAUUUCGCUCACCAGAAGAAGUGAACAUUCCUUUACAACAACGUAGGCCAGUUCAACAUACAUAUGAUGUACAAGACUUCAGUUAUGAUGACUAA